AUGGCGUCUUGGACGGAUCCGACGCGUCAAUUUCUGAUCAGUGCGAUCAGAGAUCGACCGGUGAUUUGGGACAAAUCGUAUAUUGGAGAAAGCAGUUAUCGAACGAUGAAAGUCUCCUCAUUCGAAGAAGUCACUCAGAAUCUGAAUUCCACGUAUUCUACCAAAUUCACAUGGGAAGACGUUCGAGCGCAAUGGAAGAAUCUAAAAGACACAUUUGUUCGAAAACUACGAUGGGUCCAUGAGGGAAAAUAUGUUGAAGACGCCAUGAAGGAACCCACCUGGAAAUUCUACCGUAUGCUUACUUUCUUGGAUGAUAAGGAGGCAAAACGGCUCGGAGACGCUUGUGAUCAUUCGUAUGAAAUGGCACUGACGAGUCAGCAACAAGGAAAUUGCUCAUCUGGACCGAUUAUUGGACCGAGACCCCAACACUGUCAACAAAUGUCCUACGAGCCAACAUCCAGUGAGGAGCAAAUGCUCCAAAUGUUCGAAAACAAACCGCCCAACAAUUUCCAAGGACCACAAGGACCACAAGGACCAAUGAUGAAUUCCCCACAAAAUCUGAAUUCUUGUUCUCCGGCAUCUGGGAUGUCAUCUAGUUCAACGUCUACAAUGGUCACGUCUUCAACGGGGUCUAAAAGGGACCAUCGGUACAGUCCAGUGGAUAAUGGGAAUUCGAAUAGUGGAGUUGAUGAUGAAUUGGAAGAGGAUGAUGGGCAACCGGAUAGGAAGAAGAUGGAUUUCCUUCGUGUCCAAGAGUCGCUCAACGCCAAUCUCAACAAGUGCUUCACUGUCGAAGCAAUCAUCGCAAAAUGGCUGGAAUUCGUGCAGUUGUUCCGUCUGAAAUAUGCCAUCAAUGGCUACAGUAUGGCGGAUCGUGAGAACACGUAUAACAAGGAUGGUACGGUGAAGGACGAUAAUCGUGAGAGCUGGAGAUUCUUCAACAGAUUGGAAUGCUUAAUUGAUCCAACUGAUGGUCUGGGCCCAAAGAAGACGGUCAAACAGGAGAUAAUUGAGGACUAA